AUGCACUUCUGGCCCGAGAAAAACGCCAAUACAUGCAAUGACUCGACACACAUACCGAACACACACUCGACUGAAGUGUCUUUCAAACAGAUUGUCCGCAAAGACGCAAAGUACAAGUGUUCGCACUCGGGCUGUGUAUAUGUGACCAAUAACUCCGGAAACUUUUACACACACCAAACUAGACAUACAAAUGUGCGGCCGUUUCGGUGCGAAGUCCCGGAAUGUUGCCGUGAGUUUAGUACCAAACGUCAUCUCAAGCGUCACGCAGUGGUCCACAGCGAUGAGCGGCCCUUCACUUGCGAUUGGCCCGCAUGUGAGGCCGCGUUCAAGACUUAUGCCGUUUUGAGAGAUCACAGACUCACUCAUGAGGGGAUUCGACAGUUCAAGUGUCCGCACAUCGCAUGUGAUAAGAGUUUUAAGACCACAAAAGAUCUUUGGAAGCAUAAAAGGCAUCACACGAAUGACAAGCCGUACGCGUGUGAGUGGCCAGAGUGUGGACAACGGUUUGCCAGUAAUCAGGCGUUUAAGACACAUGUGAACCAACACCAGGGGAUCCGACCCUAUAGUUGUCAAUACAGUGGAUGUGAUAAGAGUUUCGGCGGUAAACCCGGUCUCAGACAACACAUGAAAGUCGUUCACAAACACAGCGUUUAAAAAUGUUUAUUAGAUUUUAAUAAACGCUGUGUUUGUAAUCAAAUCGGGAAUAAUCUGUUGAUUAAAACACUUGAGAAACAAUACGAGAAGAUUACCGCAGAGUCGAAGACAAUCACUUCAGUGGUCAUCAAAGCUGAACCGAAAGACACAAUCGAUGACAACAAUGAGAGCCAACACUCGGACUCUAUGUCUGAGACUUUUGAGACAAUGGAUGACAACUCGAGUGACACUCAACUCGAGAGCGCAGAAGAGAAGACAUGCGAUGGUAUGGAAGACAACGACAGCCAAUCCGAUGACAACUUGAAGUGUUGGUUGAACUCUGAGGCGAAGAGCUGUGCCAGCGAUGGGUCGGCAGUUGUGAAGACAUUGUCGGCCAAAAUACCCUUUAAAUACGUUGUGAAAGACGGCCGGCAGUGGUUUGGAUGCAAUACAUGUGGCAAUGAAUACGAGUUGGAGACACAACUACACCAACACUGGAAUCAAAUGCAUUUCCGGUCUGAAGAAGAGGACAAUGCGUUGAUACGGGCGAAGACCAACGCCGAGCUCAAGAAGGUUGUGGUUAAAGACGGCAAACAGUUCUUCGUAUGCAAGAUAUGUAACAUUGAAUUCAAAUGUGAAUCAACUCUUGACACUCACUGCCAUAAAGUCCAUAACCAGAAGGGAUUUCGAUGUGACCAAAAGGGCUGUUCAUAUGAGGCGCCAUCGAAACGGUAUUUGAGGAAACAUCUGAAGAGUGUUCAUAAACCCUCUGAUGAACCAGAUAUGGUGUUUGAGAUGAUGUGUCCGGUGGACGGGUGCGCACAGGUCUUCCCGUCGAGCCAUGAGUUGACUGCUCAUCGGGUCUACAAUCACACUAUCUGUCUGUGCGGUGAAUGCGGCGAAGAGUUUGUGGGCCGUCGGGCGCGGACACAACACAUGCAGUCGUAUCACAAAGAGAAACACAAAUGCGAUCAAACGGGCUGUCAAUACGAGACACACAAUAAGACAAUGUUUACUGCACACCAAAAAAGGCAUCAAAACAUACGUGAGUUUCGGUGCGAAGUACUGGACUGUGGCCGCAGAUUCUACACCAAUAGGGAUCUCAAGCGUCACGCAGUGGUCCACAGCGAAGAGCGGCCCUUCACUUGCGAUUGGCCCGCAUGUGAGGCCUCAUUCAAGACUUAUCCCGUUUUGAGAGAUCACCGCCUCACUCAUGAGGGUAUUCGGCAGUUCCAGUGUCCGCACAUUGCAUGUGAUAAGAGUUUUAAGACCGCAAAAGAACUUUGGAAGCAUAAAAAGUAUCACAUGAAUGAAAAGCCGUACGCAUGUGUUUGGCCGGCGUGUGGACAACGGUUUGCUAGCAAUCAGGCGCUUAAGACACAUGUGAACGAACACCAGGGGCUCCGACCCUAUAGUUGUCAAUACAGUGGAUGUGAUAAGAGUUUCGGCGGUAAACCCGGUCUCAGACAACACAUGAAAGUCGUUCACAAACACAACGUAUUGGUUGACACACUUGAGAGACAACACCAGCUCAUUAUCAUUGAGUCUAAGCCCAAGACAUUAGUGGUCACCGAAACCACACCAACACUAGUGGUCAUCAAAUCUGAACCGAAAGACACAAUCGAUGACAACAAUGAGAGCCAACACUCGGACUCUAUGUCUGAAUCUUUUGAAGCAAUGGAUGACAACUCGAGUGACACUCAACUCGAGAGCACAGAAGAGAAGACAUGCGAUGGUAUGGAAGACAACGACAGCCAAUCCGAUGACAUUUCAAAGUGUUUGUCAAAUUCUGAGGCGAAGAGCUGUGCCAGCGAUGGGUCGGCAGUUGUGAAGACAUUGUCGGCCAAAAUACCCUUCAAAAACGGUGUCGGCGAAGACGGCCGGCAGUGGUUUGGAUGCAAUACAUGUGGCAAUGAAUACGAGUUUGAGACACAACUACACCAACACUGGAAUCAAAUGCACUUCCCGUCGGAAACAGAAGACAAUAAUUCGACGGAUGCGUUGAUACGGGCGAAGACCAACGCCGAGCUCAAGAAGGUUGUGGUUAAAGACGGCAAACAGUUUUUCGUAUGCAAGAUAUGUGACAUUGAAUUUAAAUAUGAAGCAACUCUUGACAAUCACUGCCAUAAAGUCCAUAACCAGAAGGGCUUCCGAUGCGACCAAAAGGGCUGUUCAUAUGAGGCGCCAUCGAAACGGCAUUUAAGGGGACAUCUGAAGAGUACUCAUAAACUCAGUGAUAAACCAGAAAUUGUGUUUGAGAUGAUGUGUCCGGUGGACGGAUGCGCACAGGUAUUCGCGUCGAGCAAUGAGUUGGCCGCUCACCGGAUCUACAAUCACACUAUCUGUCUGUGCAGUGAAUGCGGCGAAGAGUUUGUGAGCCGUCGGGCGCGGAGACAACACAUGCAGUCGUAUCACAACGAGAAACACAAAGAGAAACACAAAUGCCAUCAAACGGGCUGUCAAUACGAGACAUACAUUAAGACAAAUUUGUCUGAACACCAAAAAAGGCAUCAAAACAUACGUGAGUUUCGGUGCGAAGUACUCGACUGUGGCCGCAGUUUUUACACCAAUAGGGAUCUCAUGCGUCACGCAGUGGUCCACAGCGAUGAGCGGCCCUUCACUUGCGAUUGGCCCGCAUGUGAGGCCACAUUCAAGACUUAUCGCGUUUUGAGAGAUCACCGCCUCAUUCAUGAGGGUAUUCAGCAGUUCAAGUGUCCGCACAUUGCAUGUGAUAAGAGUUUUGUGACCACAAAUGAUCUUUGGAAGCAUAAACAGUCUCAUGGGAAUGACAAGCCGUACGCAUGUGUUUGGCCGGCGUGUGGCCAACGGUAUACCAGCAAUCGGGCGCUUAAGACACAUGUGAACCAACACCAGGGGAUCCGUCCCUAUAGUUGUCAAUACAGUGGAUGUGAUAAGAGUUUCACCACUAAACCCGUAUUGGUUGACACACUUGAGGCUAAAUACCAGCACAUUGUCAUCGAGUCUAAGCCUAAGACACCGGCGGUGGUCACCAAAAGCACACCAACACAUCAUAUGGUUAUCAAAUGUGAGCCCAAAGACACAAUCGAUGACAACAAUGUUAGCCAACACUCGGACUCUAUGUCUGAGACGUUUGAGACAAUGGAUGACAACUCGAGUGACACUCAAUUCGAGAGUACCGAAGAGAAGACAUGCGAUGGUAUGUAUGGUAUGAACGACAACCACAUUGUAAUCAAUAAUAAGGGGAAGUGUUUGUCAGACUUUGAGGUGAAGAACAAUACCAGCGAUGGGUCCUCAGGACUAAAGACACAAAUAAUUACCAAAUGUGAGACAAACGAUAUAAUGGAUGAACUAAACAAUGAUAGCCAUGAGUGGGACGACUACUCUGACACCGUUGAAGACACGUUUGAAAUGAUCGAUGACUACUCGAGUGACACUCACGUCAAUAACACACUAUUGAGACAAGCGUUAAGUGUUAAGGCAAACGAUAGCAAGUGUUUGGUUGACAAUUGUGUGAACAGCUCUGUCAGCGAGGAUUCCACUCGUGUGAAGACACUAUCGGCUGAAAUACCAUUCAAAGUUGUCGUUCGCAGAGACGGUCAACGAGUGUUUGUAUGCAAUACAUGUGGCAAUGAGUACGAGAUUGAGUCACAACUGCAUCAACACUGGGAACAAAUGCACUUUCAUUGCGAUAAUACUUGUGAUCCGAAUGUGAGAAACGGGUCCUUACGGGCCAAAGGCGCCACUGAAUCGGCCUUCAAACAGAUUGUCAUCAAAAACGACAAAAAAGUUUUUAUUUGCAAAGUAUGUGACAUUGAGUUCAGUUAUGAAACAACUCUUGACAAACAUUGUUAUGAAAAUCACGGCCAGAAAGGCUUCCGAUGCGACCAAAAUGGGUGUCAAUACGAGGGGCCGUCGAAAUCACAUCUGAGAAUACAUCUAAAAAGGAGUCAUAAAAGAAGAGACAAUGAGUCAUAUGUCUGUCCGGUCGACGGUUGCGGACAAGUGUUUACUACAAAACGUGAGUUAAGCGGACACCAGCUCUCUAUCCACACCGUCUGUCAGUGCGAAGUGUGCGGUGAAGAGUUUGCCGGUCAAAGGGAGCGCUCAAUCCAUAGGCGAUCGCACAAUCAAAUGAAACACAAAUGCCAUUUCCCGGACUGUACUUUCGUGACGGACAACAACACAUUGAUGAUUCACCACAGGAGCAGACAUCUCAACGUUCGAGAGUUGCGGUGCGAAGUGGCCGACUGUGGCCACACUUUCGUCACUAUCUAUGAACUUAAGCGCCAUUCAUUGGUCCACAGCGUUGAGCGGCCGUUCGUCUGUGAUUGGCCCGCGUGUGCGGCCACAUUCAAAAUUGCAUCCCUACUGGACGCACACCUACUCAUUCAUAAGGGUAUUCGGCAGUUCGAGUGUCCGGCGACCGGAUGUGGUAAGAGUUUUGUGGCCAAAGACAGUCUUCGAAAGCAUAAACUGCUGCACAGCGACCACGAGUUUGCGAUCUAUAACAUGAAAGUACAAUACAGAAAGUUACACAAAUGCGGACAAACGGGCUGUAACUACGAGACAGACAAUAAGACAAUAUUUACUGAACACCAAAAAAGGCAUCAAAACAUACGGGAGUUCUCGUGCGAAGUACCCGAAUGUGGCCGCAGUUUCUACACCGUUCGUGAGCUCAAGCGUCACGCAGUGGUCCACAGCGAUGAGCGACCCUUCACUUGCGAUUGGCCCGCAUGUGAGGCCACAUUCAAGACUUCCGAUUGUUUAAAUAGUCAUAGACUCACUCACGAGGCUAUUCGGCAGUUCAAGUGUCCGGAGACCGGAUGUGAUAAGAGUUUUGUGACCAGACGUUGUCUUUCGAGUCAUAGACGGAGCCAUAGGAAUGAAAAGCCGUACGGCUGUGAUUGGCCAGAGUGUGGACAACGGUUUGCCAAUAAUCAGGCGUUUAGAGCACAUGUGAACGAACACCAGGGGAUCCGACCCUAUAGUUGUCAAUACAGUGGAUGUGAUAAGAGUUUCGGCGGUAAACCCGGUUUCAGACAACACAUGAAAGUCGUUCACAAACACAGCUUUUUAGAGCACAUGUGA